UUUACCUACGGCGGGAUGCCAUUUUGUCACCCUGUGUCGCACUGUGGUUAGAUCCUGUCGCCGAAAACAUUUGAUGGUGCAUUAGGUUUGAAGUUUGAUUUUUUUUAAAAAAAUAAGUUUGAUUAGAAUUUUUAAGAGUGACUUGGCAUAUUAAUGUGAGUUUUUCUAAUAAAGAACUGCAGAGUUUUCACUUUGUUGUGAUGAAAACUCGUAGUUUUAGAAGAAUCUUUAUAAUUUGAAUGGAAACGGAAUGGGUCAUUUCCUGGUUCGGCGUCCCCAUGUUCUUUCCUAUCGAUAACUCCUAGUGACAUAGAUUUUAACAGGUACACAUCAAUCAAAUACCUGUGUGAAUGUUAGGUAAACUUUUCAAUCAAAAUCAAAAUUUUGAACAUUUGUAAUCCAUAAUGAUUAAUGCAACAAAUUUCCCCAAGAAACCACAGGCCAGCCUAAAUCUAAAAGAAAUGUUCUUUCAUUUUCAUGACAUUAAAAUGAUUAAAAGUUUACAGCAGAACAUUGAUAGUAGACCUAUAACUGGUUUAGUCUAUUAAAUACACUAUUGCCUUUGUAAAUUUUAUCAUGUGAUUAGUCUUAGUCUUACUUAGAAUUACAAAUCAGUCCUCGAUUCGUCCAGAUUAAUUCAUGAAGUGUUAAAGAAUUUAGGAAAAAUUUAUUUUGAGAAAGUGAAAAACUUCUUUCAGUUUCAGGCCUCAUUUACUAGCAGUUUUCAGUAAUUUAUUACACUAUUUACAGAAUAGACCUCAACUAAGGCCUAGUAGUAGUCAAUAUAAAUAUAAUUCAUGGAUGCUCCAUGUACCAUCAGUGAUUUCCUCCAUGUGGUAUGAAAAGCUCAAUUGACUUGACUUUUUUUCUAUUUAUUUAAAAUAAGUUUUUUUCUAUUACAAUUUAUUUAUAUAUAUAUAUAUAUGUAUAUAUAUAUAUAUAUAUAUAUACAUAUAUAUAAUGCAAAUAUAUGAUUUAUCUAUCAGAUUAAAUCAAUUGUUUUUAACUAUGACUCACUUAUUGAUUGUUUUUUUUUAUAUUUAUAUAAAAUAAGUUUUUUUCUAUUACAAUUUAUAUAUAUAUAUAUAUAUAUAUAUAUAUAUAUAUAUAUAUAUAUAUACAUAUAUAUAAUGCAAAUAGAUGAUUUAUCUAUCAGAUUAAAUCAAUUGUUUUUAACUAUGACUCACUUAUUGAUUGUGUAAGAAUUCUCCCAUGUCUGUCAAAGUAAUCAAGUCCUGUUUAAUAGGUCUGUCCUCAUUUUAGCUGAAAGUUUCAUACAAAAGUGUUCAAAUAAAUGAUAAAGCCAACCAUUUAUCUUUUACAAUACCAAAAGUACAAGAAACCUGAAAUAUGCUAUUAAAAUAUUUUAAUAUCAUCAUCAUAGUUCCUCUGAGUUCCUUUAGAAAAUAGGGUCUCUGUUAAAGCACACCACUUUUCUCAGUCUCUUGCCUGUAUUUUUAGUUCUUCCCAGCUCUGUUCUCUCAGCCUCAUCCAGCACACUGCUGCUCAUGUUCUGUUGGGUCUUCCUCUUUGUCGUUUACCCUGGGAGUUUCACUCUAAGGACUGUCUAACUCUGUUGUUGGUGUCUUUCCUGAAGUGCAUCCUAUCCGUCUCCAUUGUCUGUCUUUCCUUGAUUUGUUUCUCUGUUGCAUUCUAUCCACAGCUUGAUAUGUUCCGCCCACACAUCUCCCACAGCUUGAUGUUUUAAACCUUAUCAUACCAUUGUAUUUUCAGUAUGUCCUGUUUGUUGUAGUUUUUGUUGUUCUCCAUGUUUCAAGCCCAUACAACAGGACUGCUUUCACAUUGGAGUUAGAAAUUCUUAUUUUAGUUUUGUUUGAGAUGUAGGAAGAUUUCCUAACUGCUUUUAGGUCGGCCGGAAACCUUGCUUGGUAUGGAAAGUAAGGCAAUUCAUGACCAGUUCUCACAUUGGGAUAAGUCUCAGCUCUUUGGUGUUUUUAUCUAUAGAUAUUCAGUAGAAAGGAUUUCUAUUGACCAAAUUUUGAUAAACAUACUGUGAAGUUUAACUAUUUCAACCGUUUCAUCUGUUAGGACCUGAGUUGGUAUAUUGCCUGCUACUUUGACUACAUCAGGGGUUAUAAUGUCUACACCUGCUAUUUUGACUACCGUAGUUGGUGUAUUGUCUAUGCCUGCUACUUUGUCUUUAUUUGAUCAGAGCUCCUUCCAUAUUUCUUCUUUGGCCAUCUUUAUGUCCAGUGUUGUUCUUCUGCUUAGGUCAGGUGGUUUUAGGGGGGUAAGUCUGUUUAGCACUUCUUGAAAAUAUGCCUCCUCUCUUCCAAGUUAGUCGUCUUUGGUCGUAAAUAUUUUAACAUGAACUUGAUGAAAUAGUUACUGUACUUUCAAAGCAUUGCUUCUUUUGAGGCACUAAACAUUUCAUUUGAGUUAUAUAUAGUUUUCCUUAGCCCAUUAAAAAAAUUCAUUGAUUUUAAAAUCUGCUGGUAGUAUCUUUAACAUUGGCUUGUUAAUUGUUACAAUAACAAUGUGAUAUUGUUUUGGAUGUUUUCAGCAAGACACAUAUCAUUUUGAGGAGAACUCUGAAGCUCUGCUCUCAUCAGAGUCCAGCAGAAGUAGUAGUAUUAUCAUGACUGAGAAUGGCCCCCCUGGGUCACAGGGCCCACCUCAGAUUACACGACCCACUGAAAACAAAACUCGAAUCCCACGCCCUAUGUUGUGCAAAAUUUUACUACUCAAUGGUGAAGAAUAUGAAGUUGCCAUCGAUGUAAGUGUCAGAAUAACUUGAGCAUACUCAAACAAUAACUGUUCUCUAAAGUUCUAUUCGAAUGUGUGCUUGUGCUUUCUUUUUUUUUUAAAUCUUUGUGCAGUUCUAAAUCAGCCUAACUAAUAAUUCAUAGACUUACUUAUUUUAUCUUAUUUUUGACCCAGUCAUUCGUUUAUCUUCUGCAGUGUAAACUUUGGUCAUUUUAUUGUAAAAAAGAAAGACUAUUUAUAUUUAUUUUUUUUUAAAUCCUCUUGUUUUAAACAAAAUAUUUUUUCAAAUGUUUCUAAUAAAAAUUGUUUUUAACAAAUAUUGUAAAUUUAUCAGAAGCUAUUGAUAACAAAAGGUGAUUGUUUUGAUGAUGUUUUUAUGUGUCCAUUCUAGAAAAGAUCUAUUGGUCAGCUGUUAUACGAAAGGGUCUGUGAUUAUCUGGACUUGCUAGAAAGAGACUAUUUUGGUCUGCAGUACAAAGAAGACCUGGAUGUUGAGAAUGUUAAGGUAAAUAAGAUAUUUAUAGUUGUGCAUAAAUUAAUAAUACUUUUAGUACAGAAUUAACUGAAGCAUUAUAUCCUACUCAAAGAAAUAAAUUGCCAAACAAUGGUGGUGGAAAUAUGUGACUUUCUCAUCUACUAAAGUUACUUGACAAAUCUUGCAUUCAAGUAACACACUUUUAUAAGAAUCCCAAUCAGUGCUACUGUCUUGGAAUUUUAUUCUGCCUCCCUUUUGAUCACAUUGUUACAAUCGUACAUACCUAUUUAGAGAAUAAUUCUUUGUGAAAAUGUAAUGGGGGUGGGGGAUGAUUUAGCCUGUUCAAGUUAUCUGCCAUUGUUUCCCUUUUCUUUUGGUCAGCUCUUAACUCCUUUUUAUUUGUCCUCUGUGUCAUGUAUUGUAUUGUAAUUUAUUUUAUCUCUAAAUAGUUAUAGCAAUAAAGAAUAAAUUUUGUGUUGGAAUUAUUUUUUAUUUGACACUAGUAAUCUGUUUACUUAAUUUUAUCAAUCACCUCAAAAAAAUCUUGUUAGCAUUUAUUCAAAUAAUUUGUCUGAAAAUAUUUGCAAAUAUCAUAACUGCAUUUUCUUUUUUCUUCCAAGUUUUGGUUGGACUUAACUAAGAAAAUUACAAAGCAGAAGAAACGUAAGUAAAUUUGUAGUAUCUCCAUAUUUUACAGAAUUAUAAUGUGAACCCCUGUUUGUUUAAAACAAGCCUUUAAAUGCCAUGUCCACGUACAAUGCGAUAUGUAAAUCUUGUUCCAUAACAAGACUUUUCCCCCCUGCAACAGUAAUACAUAGUUAUAAAACAGUAAACUUAAAAACUUUGUCAAAAUGGAUAUUUAUUUCCCAGGGUUUAAAUUCAAUGCUUCCUCUUACAAGAGCUAGCAGGAUUAACCGAUAAAUAUGAUUAGUUACAUCUAAAUUGCAAUUGAAUUUAUCAAUCAAGUCCAUUUUCAUAAAAAUGUUCAUCUUUGUAACAACUAAAGUUAUUUUCAUUUAAAAGGUUUGAUUUAUAAUUUAGAGGAAAGCAUUCAUAUAUUGCUCAUGUUGCUGUGUUAAAAAUUAAGGUUCAUUUUUACCCCAAAUUUAUCACAUUCUUUGUGUUAUACAGUAUGUCAUUUUUAUAAAAGCAAGAUGGUGGCCUGGUUUUGAUGGCCUAUUUUGUUAGUUUGCCAAGGGCUUUGAGGGAGGGUAGAACCAACACCUUCCGGUCGAACCCAUCAAAAAAUUAAUAAAAAUGGAAUAUUUGUUUUCUUUAAAAUAUGUUGUUAGGACCUCUAAUACUGUAAAAAUUAUUAAAUUAUGUAACAAUUUUUAAUCUUGUGUAUAUUUAAAAGGAGGAAAGAUGGAGUUUGAAUUUGCCUUAAAGUUUUACCCACCUGACCCAACCCAGCUCACAGAAAGUUUAACCAGGUACAUAAAAUGUUUUCAAGCAUACUUAAAAAUUGUUCGCCUUGUUCGAUUAUGAGCACAUUUGAACUGUAAACUAUUUGAAAGAGAAGUAAAAUGUAACUAUUUUACUUUACCACGUUACGGUCCUGUCGUAGCCAUUAUCAAGAUGAUAGUCUGAUAUGAUUUCUUAUGCAUUAUUUUUGUAUGUGGGCAGUUUUAAAGCAUUUAACAUGUUAUCCUUUUUUAAAUACUUUAACAGAAAUUUAAUUAUUUAUUAUAACCCUUUUUCUCCAGAUAUCUAGUUUGUUUACAAAUCAGAAGAGACAUAAUCAGUGGAAAGUGAGUAGUUUUGGUUUUCUUUUGGGGUUCAUUUUAAUUGUAAAUACAACUAACUUUGACUGUAAAUCUUUACUUAAGUGGCGUUGAAUUUUGUCAUCCUUCUUGACUAAUGACAAAAAUCAUUCAUUAUCAGUCUGUUAGAGCACCCCAUUUCCAUGUAUAACUGUUUAGCUGUACUGAUGUGUUUUGUUUUUUUUUUAAGACUGCCAUGUUCACAGGCCACCCAUGCCAUGUUGGGAUCAUAUGCUGUGCAAGCUGAUAUUGGUGACUAUGACCCAGUGGACCAUGGUACAGGUAUUGACUAUAUCAGAGAUAUGCCUUUUGCACCUGAUCAAACAGAAGACUUACUUCACAGGAUUGCUGCUUUACACAGACAACACAAGUAAUUUUUUUUUAUGACAUAACUUUUGUAAAUCAGAAAACUAGUUUACACCUUACUUUUUUAAUUUUCUAUAUUUGAAAUUUAAAAUAUUUUAUUAAAUUUAUUUCAUAAGGUUAAAAUUUAGACUGUCCAUCCUUUUUAAUGUACAUAGUUAAAAUAAUUAAAUAACUAAAUACUAGAAAAAUUUUGCAUAGUUGACCCUGCUUUUUUUUAACAAUGCUUUGUAAAGUAAUUAUUUAGUUUCUAUGUUAAUAGUACUAAAGGAUAUUAUAUGAAAGAGUGCGUUUUUCAAGCCGCAUGAAAGAAAUAGUAGAACAAGAUGUGUGUAGGGUUGAAAUGAAAAGACAGGACAAUUAAUAGGAUGUUUCGGCUAGAAAAGCCUUCUUCAGCAGACGAUACAAAUGAAGACACAAAGAGAUAAUUUUAAAAUGGAAUAUCGAAAACUUGUGUGUUAUAAGAAAUGAAUGAAGUCAAUGAAGAUCUCUAUGGUUAGAACUGGAAGCGCUCUAUUACUAAACAAUCUUCUGUUUAGAAUUUAGUUUUAUACUUGGAAACAAUUUAAAAUUGAAAAGGCAAUAUGAAAACAGUCAUCCAAUUAAAAUACAGUAAAUACAUUUGACGCAACAAGAAAAAUCUGUUAACACGAAAUAAUAAUGCAGUCUCAAGUAUAUUUUUUUUUGUAUGCAUCGUUUAACACAAAGAAAUAUUUUGUUUCCCUCAGUUUCGUGUUAAAUGAUUUUUACUGUAGUCGUAAAUAAUUAAAAUUUUAAAAUCAUUCUUAAAAUUGUUUUAAGUGCUUUAUUAUCUAAGAAAGCGCAAUAACUUGUAUGUGGUUGUUUUAUUUUAUUUAAAGAACUAAUAAAGGGUUGCAUUUUUCAAAUUUGUUCUCUUCUACCCAGAGGACAAACUCCUGAACAAGCAGAGUUGCAUUACUUGGAAUACAGCAAGAAAAUAGCUCUUUAUGGCAUUGAUCUACACAGAGCAAAAGUUAGUGCUUUUAAAAUACAUUGAAAUAUUGGUCUGAAAUCUAUCUCGGUCGUUAACACGUGUCAUUUGUAACAUGGCAAGUGUUGUCCAAUUAUUUCUACACACAUAAAUGUUUCAUAUCUGAUAUCAUAAAUUAGAAUUAGAGUAUAAUGUAUUUACUCAACUAAUAAAUAUGUUUCAUCUCAAAUAAAUGUUGGGUAUUUCAUGAAUAACAUUUUAAGUUUUUAAAUAUUAAAUCCUACAUGAUUUAUAGGACUCUGAUUAUGUGGACAUUCUCCUGGGUGUAGGAGCCACUGGUAUAUCUGUGUAUAGAGACAAUUUGCGGAUCAAUCGAUUUGUCUGGCCUAAGAUUCUCAAAAUCUCUUACAGAAGGAACAAAUUUUUAUUGAGGAUUCGACCUGCUGAGGUAAAAUCAAAAUUUUCCCCAAAUUUAAAUUUAAAAAGUAUUGGAUCCAGAUAACUGUUACUUUUUUUCCUUGUUGAUAUUUUAAUCUGUUACUUGCAGGUUUAUUAGAAAUUCAUUUCAUAAAUUCAUUAGCAAAUACCAUUCUAGUAGCUUUAUUUCAAGAACUGUCUCAAUCAAUUGAAGAAUUGAACCUUUUUUUUUUUAAAUUAAAAGUAUAUAAUACGGAGACGUGAAUGAUUCAUCACUAGUUCCCCUAAAGGUAAAAUGAAUUUAGAAAUGCUGCCAUUAACGGGGUUACCCUAAACACAUAUAAUACCAGCCGUAAGUUCUACCUAAAUCUUAACUUGUUGGCUUUUUUUUGUGUUAGUUUGAGACUUAUGAGAGCUGGAUUGCAUUCAGACUUCCCAAUAAUAAAAUGGCCAAGCGUAUUUGGAAAAUUGCAGUUGAACAUCACGCUUUCCUACGGUAAGGAGCUGUAUUGUUUUGUAUUGUUUUUGUCUUGUUUUUUAAAAUGGAUUUUGAAAUAUAAAGCCAUAUUUUAAUAUAGGAUUCAUAUGCUUUUAUUAUUAUUUCCUCUCUAAGGUUGUUUCAAUCUCUGGUGUAUUCACUGAACAAAAUUUAGGGACUAAUAAUUUAUUAAUUUGUCAUUGCACAACAACUUUUUUGCUCUAGCUUACGGUCAGCUGAUGAUGCUAGAAAGAGAACGGGCUUCCCGAGGUUUGGCUCUAAGUAUCGCUACUCAGGUCGUACAUUGUACCAGACUCGCCUCAAUGCAUCAAUGGCAGAUAGACCCUCUAAGCAGUUUGAGAGGACACACAGCAGACAGUCCCUAAACUCAGUUUUAAAUAACAACAGAUCUAGGAGCCAAGACAAUUGUAAGUCUGAAAAAUGUGUAUUCUUUUAAGUUAAAUUUAUCUGCGACUUUACUGUCAACUACUUGUGCACUCAUCGCAUCAUGAACCACAUUGAGAGUUUGAAUAGUACAUUUUAAAAAUUAUUGUAAAUUAUUGCCUACAGUUGACAUAUCACAUUUCAUUAAAUCUCCUUACACACAAUAAGAAAGUGAUCCUUAGUGUUACAUAUUUCUUUCAUCUAGUGAAUCACAGAAGAGAACCAUUUUUUGAGCAUCCCAGGAUAGAUAUCCAUGACUUGAGUUUUGACUCUGUACGUGAGGACCGGGACAGGGGUCGCGCAGAGGAAAGAAGUCGUGUAGUUCUCUCAAGAGUUAAUGAGGAUUCAAUGCAAGAAGACAGCUCCUUCACUCAAGAAGACAGGACACCUCUCCAGUCCCCACUACCACAAAUUGAAUCUCCUAAACUUAUCACCCGACAAAUCAUUAGACAGCCAGGUCAGCUAUUUUUAAUCACUAUCAGGUUUUAGAUAACUGAACUGACCUUAAAAUGAAUAUUAUAAUGCAAGUAAGUGAUCUGAUAUUGAACAUCUCUGCUCCUUUCCUUUUUAAACAAAUGUACAUAGUAUCAUCUUGUAGCAUUAAAAGCUGACUAUGUUAUGAAUUUAGUGCUAAUGCAAUCAUGACUAAUUCACUUGUCUUGUAGCCUGGGAAUUUUAUCUGCCGCUAAUUUAAACUCUAUGCAAAGCCAUUUGUUUGUACUUUAUUCAGUAUCCUAUAUUUAAGUAUUUUGAGGGUAAAAAAUGAUUUUAUCAAUUCUGUAUUUAUUUGAACACGAAAUUUCAAUAGUGAAAGCUGUUGAGGAUGACGACCUCGAUGACAGACUACCGACCGUUCCCAAGGACUCACCUCAAGAAGAGAGAAGAACGUUAAAUAGAGGUUCACCCAGGGGAGACAGAAGGCCAGUAUCUAAUCAUGCCCACCUCGGGGGUGUUGCCACACCUUUGGCAGCGGUCACCAUUAGAAGGAGAAAUUCUGAGAGUGAAGGCUCUUCCAGGUCGUCCAGCAGAAGUAGAAGCUCAGAGGGAAGCUUGGAGUCAGAAGAUAGGAGGCAGGAGUCUAAGGUGGAGAUCGCCAAGCCUAAGGGAAAGCCUGAAGUUGCCCCUAAACCAACAGUGGCACCUAAGCCGGGCAAAGAAAAACCUCCAUUGGCUAAAGUGAGCAUAAAAUUGUGCAAGCAAAGUUUGUAAUUUGUCCUGAACAUAGAUUUUUUGUGUUAACUUCAUUAUGUUACAAAAUGAUAUUGUUAUAUUUCAUUCCCAUAUUUAUUUCUUACAGAAACCAGAAAAGCCUGCACCGCCUGAAAAAUCUUCAAAGCUGUCAAAGAAAGAAAAAGAGAAUGAUACGAAGAAAGAAAAGGAAGCAAAGAAAGAAAAGGAGAGUAAAAAGGAUGUCAAGAAGGACACAAAGAAAGUUAAAGAUUCCAAGAAGGAGAAAGAAGCAGUAAGGGAAGUUUUCAUGUAGCAAAAUGUUUAAUCUCAUACUGAAGAAAGCGAACAUCAAUUUUUUAAGGACAUUGCCAAGGUUUGACAGAGCACUUUAUAAAUCAUGUCAAAAUGCAGAAACCGACCAGCAUAUUCCUAAUCAUAAGUGAUUUUUGCUGUUGUAUAUUUGACUAGCAUUUGAGCAUUGAUAAUUGGUUGAUUAUAGCCAUGUGUAUCAACAUUCUCCUCUUAGGGUUUUUAUCUUACAAAAGGUUUAGCAUAUUUAUGUUGGCUAAAUGAAUGUUUUUAUGCACUCUAUUGUACAUUAAUGAAACGGGGCAGUCCAACUGUAGAGAUUACACAAUUAAGGAUAUUACUGUUUCUACUCUUUUUAUGCGCACUAUUAUUAGUGUUACAGCCUUAUGUUGCAUCAGUAAUUUUCAAUGUCCUAUUAGUUUUAAACUUUCACUCUGUGGUUUUAAAAGAUAUAGAAUUUUUAAGGUCAGUUGCAUUAACGUGUACACAAUUGAAAACAUUUUCAAGAGAUAUAUAAUGGUAAUAUUUCAUCUGGCAAAUUAAUGUAUGGUUUUAUUUAAAAGUUUCAUUUAAACUUGUAUUAAUAAAUUCAUUUAUUUGUAAAAUUUCAAUCAUGUUUAACAUUGGUUAAGGCUGAAUUUUUAAAAUGUGAUUAACAUCAAUGUUUUUGUUGAUAACAUUUCAUGGGAAAUUGUAUCUUUUUUAAUUUUUUAAGAGCAAAUGUUUUUAAUUUUGGAAAUGUAACAUCUGAAUUUUAGCAGCAUGGCUUAUUUGCUCCCAUGUAUUUGUCCCUGACAAGCACAUUUUUAAAUAUCUAGAGCUACAAUAUACAACUCAUUAGUUUCACAAUUAGUUAUCCACUCUCUCUCAUUUCAUUUACAAUCUUAAUUUCAGUUAUACAGUACAAGGUUUUAUUCUCUUUUAAAAUUGCACAUUAGCUAUGUGAUUAGUGUUAUAGUUGAAAUUCCUCUAACAUUAUUAUAGUAUAGCACUCUCAUUUUUUUUUAAUCUUGUAAAUAUUGUGAGGUUAGUCCCUAUUGAUUAUUAAUCAUUUCAAACUGUAAGCGAUAUCAUCCUGUAACAUACAAAUGUUUUAUGUUGUAAAAUUCCAGAAUGUUGUUGUAUUUUAAUACAUUCCAAUUAUUGUUUACAAUUAACACGGCAUAGUACAUCACAUUUGUAUAAUAUACAUGUAAAUAAGCAGCAUUUUUUUCAUGAAUUUGUUUCACCUGCCAUGAAGACAUAUCCAUCUUGUAUUUUUUUAAACAUUAUUAAGAAGCAAUACAUCUCUCAUGCAUUCCUAUUUCUCGAAAAUAAAAUUAAUAUUUGCAAAGUUAAAUACAAACUAAAUUUUAUUUGUUUUUGGACAUUUUGUCAUGUUAUUGGCCUUUUUAAAAUGUUCUUACCUGACCAAAAAAAGCUUUGUAAAGAUUUGAUGCACUUGAAACCAACAGCCCAAACUUGUGCAUGUGAACUUAACCCUGGAUGUAAUCAUAAUAGCUGGUCAGCCAGUCAAGCUCAGGUAUUUAAAAAAAAAACAAAGCAAAGAUAUAUAUACAUGUGGAUUAUUCAGCUCAAUUUAGUAAAUUAUAAUGUGUGUAUAUUUUAAUGAUCAGUGCAACUGCCCUUUCAGGUUAAACAUUCUAAAAGUAACUUACUUAGAAUCGGAUUUAGCGCAGGAUUAAAUUAUCAUUAAUUAAUUUAUUGAACAGCAACCUGUGGAUAGUUUAUCAAAUUAAUUUUUAAAGUAAACAAAAUGUCUGCCUGCCUUAUUGUAUUCAAGUAUGACUAAUCUGACUAGCAUGUUUGCAAAUGAGAAAAAGACAGAUUAGCCUAAUGUUAUAAGAUUGUAAUUGUAUACCUCUGUCUUAUAUUGAAACAGUUUUUUUUAUCACACCAAGCCGUAAGGAUACCCUGUGCUUGUUUUUAUACUUCAUAUACCUGAAUGUUAUGUACUAUAUUCAUAUUUCAUGAAUUUAAAGCCUUUAAAUGAGCAAUGCAUAAAUUUUAUUAAAUACAAGCAAAAUAAAAUGCUCCCAUAUUA